UAUUAAUAUAGCUAAAUUGUAUCCGAGAUGGGUUACUUACUUGGAUAUAUAUAUCUAAACAUGAACCUCCCAUUUCAAUCUUCACAUUCUGUUUAUUACCACCUCUUAACAUAUCCAAUACGUCCAUAAUUCCAUCAACAUGUCGACUCGUAUAAAUUACAGGGAGCUCCUCGAGCCCAAGAUGCCGCCUAUCUGCUCUAUAAAAUCAAUAGGGAAGCUUCCUGACGACGUCGUUUAUAUAGCUAUCAAUACUCGCCUAGUCAAACCCCCUGCAGCUCGCCUGAGAGUGGACAAGGCUCACAUCGCCGUUCUACCUCGACUCAGGGAACUUCCGUGGACUGUCUGGGGGAGGCAAUCUCCCCAGAGCUUUGUCCAGAGCCACAACGUCAAAGUUCAUAGACUCGAGCGAACCGACCACAGUUCCAGCGAAACAUACCCAGGGCACUUGUCAACGUUCCGAAUUGGAUUCAAAAGUGCGAUAGAAAAAAUCCGCAAGGGGUACCAAAGGGAUAUUAGAAUCGCACUCGUCGGCGAAGACAACUACUUCGACUUCGAGCGCAUAGCUUUAGAAGUUGAGGACAUAAUCGAAUGCAUCGACUACCGGAUCUCACUCCCAAAAGUCAUUGCGUCGAGCCGGCAAAACAAGGACUUGGGCCUUGAAGACGGAACGGAUAUGUUCUCUGCCGACGAUUGUGUCUCAAGUUUUGAAAAAGAAAAAUAUAGAGAUGCCGCGAAAGCCAUAUGGCAGUUAGGUAAACUGGACAGGCUGAUGCACCCACGAAACGUCGACGUGGCCAGGCUGAAUGUUUCGACCGAUGUCAACGAACGCUGGGGAAGGCCGUACCGUGUGGCGAUGAUCGCCGCGGUGGACUAUCAACCCUUGCCGAAAGGAUGGGAUUCCGCGAAAGAGCUUGCCGAGAGGGUCGUAAAAUACAAACCUAUCCAUGUCGCGGCCAGUGCAGACAAACAGCCUGAGUCCAUACAUACGAAGGGUAUGACGCAUGCCUGCAUCUCCUUCCAUGGACAGGAAGAUUUCUACGAGUUCUUGAGGACUGUUUAUAUGACCGAGUCCGAUAUAACUGUUGUGUCUAUUAGUCCGGAUGCUAAGAUCGAGACAAUCGGAAAGAAGUUGCAGUUACGGGAUUAUUGGUAA